CCUGCUGGCUGUCCAAUGCACAAGGCCGGGUCAGAUUCGAUGGGGUCGUCGCCAUUCUCUGCUGCGAACAGCCUGAAUCCGCUCAAUUACAUGCCUUUUCUCUCUCAAGCGCGGGAGUCCGUCAAGCAGACUGUGGAGCUAUCGACCGAGCGCAUAGUCAGCUCAAUACCUCGAAGUCAAUCAUCUGCUCCGGCGGGUGCCUCUCCUUACGACGCGCCUGCUUCCACCUCGGACGGCGCGUCGAGCUGCCCCGUCAUGCACGAUGCCACAGGCGGAUCGUCAAGCAAGGAAGCGCAAGCGAGCAACUGGGAAUACCCUUCGCCACAGCAAUUCUACAACGCGCUGGUGCGAAAAGGGUGGGAAACGCCAGAGGAACACGUCGAGAUGAUGGUGCUGGUGCACAACUUCUUGAACGAGGAAGCCUGGAAACAAGUGCUGGAGUGGGAAGAAAAGUGCGGCAGAGAUUCCAAGUCCACAUCUCUCGUCAAAUUUCAGGGGCGUCCAGGCACCUUGUCGCCCAAAGCUAGAUUCUACUCGUACCUCGGCGCCAUCGCACCCAACACUUACAGCUCCGAGCCGCCGUUCGACCGGCACGAUUGGGUCGUUAGAUCAUCCCUCAAGUCGGCCAACUCUGUCUCUACGGCAUCAGCACCACAAGGGGAUCAGAGAUAUGUCAUCGAUUACUACUCUGGACCUGACGAUCCAGAGACCGGAGAGCCCGUGUUUCACCUGGACAUCAGACCGGCGCUGGAC